AUGUAUGCUCAGCGCCCUUUGGCGUAUGCGCCAACCCCUUACAGCUUUACCCCUAACCCGGCCUUGUCUGCGUCCAUCAACCUUGAUGAGGAAGUUAGAUUGGCCUCCAGCUCGGCCGAGCGCGAUCUCUACGAGUCGCUGGCGGAGAUCUACAGUAUAAUAGUGACCCUGGACGGUCUCGAGAAGGCUUACAUUAAGGAUGUGGUGACGGAAGCGGAGUACACUGAAACGUGCACUCGGCUAUUGAAGCAGUACAAAUCGAGUUUGGGCGACGAUACUGUCGCGAAUGAGUUUGUCGACCUAGAGACUUUCAAGCGAACGUGGGGUUUGGAAUGUCCUCGUGCUACUGAACGUCUUCGUAUCGGACUUCCUGCUACGGUCGAGCAGGCGACACAUAACGCCCCAGCAGCUAAUAUGGGAUCGGCAGCAGGUCCUACUGGAGGUGCUUCUGGCAGUUUGAUCCUGACGGCCACGGAGAACUUCAUCACUUUCCUUGAUGCGUUGAAGCUGAACAUGGUGUCAAAGGAUGCAUUGCACCCACUGCUUUCCGAAGUGAUCCAGUCGGUCAACAAGGUGACGGAUGGGGACUUCGAGAGUCGGGGUAAGAUCAUUCAAUGGCUGAUCACAUUGAACCAGAUGCGUGCAACAGAGGAGUUGAGUGAGGAACAGGCGAGGGAACUGGCCUUUGAUAUUGAACAAGCCUAUCAAGGGUUCAAGUCGACCGCGGACCCCGACGAGCCUCUCCAUGUCUUCGACUUGCCUCAGAUCCAUACCAAACCGUCCGGCACCGAGAUUCUACGAACCCUAGACCUCCUAGCGAUCAAACCAAGAAGUUUCACCUCCAAUGGUCAUGAAGCAGUGAAGGCACCAGCUGUUCACCCGGCUGGGGUAACCCGCUAUCUGACGUCUUUCAUUUCGAGUUCCUUGUCAUGGCUAGAUACCGAUGAGCUUCGGGAAGCCGUCUGGGAUGCUGCCGCUGCUCGGCUUAGCGAGCGCUCAGGGCGGACCGCGAUGCCUGCCAUGUCCCGUGUCUUCACGAUCCCUAGUCCGUGGGGCGAAGAGCUGACCUUGACCUUGCACGAACCAUCCUUGACUGCCGACAACUUAGGAAUGAAGACCUGGGUGUCCUCAUACCUUCUCUCCCAACGUCUCCACACUCUCCUUGAAUCAACCCCGCAGCUCGUCCCAUCCGAGACAACCACCCCUACUCCUAAGGCAGAUCGCACGCUUCGGGCCCUAGAGUUAGGUGCAGGAACAGGCCUCGUAGGGCUUUCCUUCGCUGCCAUCCGUGGAGAAUCGGCUUCGAUUCAUCUCACCGACCUCCCUGAUAUUGUUCCCAACCUUGCCCACAACACAGCUCUGAAUGUGGAGCUGCUUACCAAGACAGCCGCGACCGUCACGACUGACGUGCUGGACUGGUCGGUUGUGCCCGAGCCACUCCCCACUCAAGAGGAGCAGUACGACUUGAUCCUCGCUGCCGACCCUUUGUACUCCGCAAAACAUCCCAAAUGGCUGGUAGACACCAUCGGGCACUGGUUGAGCCGCGGCCUUGACGCACGUGUCGUGACCGAAAUGCCACUGCGGGAUGCAUAUCUGCCUCAGGUACAGGAGUUCCGGCAGCGCAUGGAACAGCUUGGUCUUGCGGUGGUCGAUGAGGGAGAGGAGGUAGGGUAUGACGAUUGGGAGUCGGCCGAUGGAGGAGCGCUAGCGGUCCGCAAUACCGCGAUUCCCACCGUAACAGGCGUCGCCCUGGGCGUAAGCGAACAACGCAAAGCGAACGAGCGCAAGAACGACGAAAGGCGCAUGGCCAAAUUCCUCAUCGAUGUCGAAACCAGCGGCGAAACCCAGGAAGAUAGCGAAGUAUGCGGGAAGCGCUUCGUAUUACGGAAUAACAAGGUUUAUCUCGAUGAUCCAAAUCCUUUGAAGCGGAAGGUCCCGUCGCAUACCGUCACUUCUUUUUACAUUGAAUAUCCGGAGCUCGAGGAGACGAAACAUUUGAAGCGGGGUUUGGGUCUGGUUACUUCCAUAUCGGAUAAUCCGCCUAUGCUGGGCUGGAUUUAUGUGGAUAGAAAUACGCAUGAGCUGAAGUAUGGGAAUCGCACAGUGAGCGUGGAGCAUGUCGUUGGCCCGUGGGAUUGGACCGAAGACGAGACGAUGAUAACGCUGGAGGAAUUUGAGGACUUUUAUGCGGUGCAGGAGGAAGAUGGGGAUUGGGCCGUUUAUUUUGAUCGGGAUGGAGAUGAGUUGGAAUCCGUUUUGGAGGAACAGGAUAAGUUGGACAAUGCGUUUGCGCCUAUUACUUUGAGACGGAGAUUAAUUGAGCAGCUCUUACAGGAAAGUAAAAAGAAUGAUAAUUCUUGA